AUCGCACUAUGUGAACUAGCAUUAAUCGAGACUUACCUGUAUACUGGUUUCUGGUCGACGCGAUAUGUGUAUAGAAUCUGUAGAGACAGGUGAUUGCAUUCUGACCCAUACACCAUCAUACUUCACUAUGACGAACUAUGCAUAAAUAUGCGGCAAAGAGAAGACAAUGUUUACCGCGAGCUUUUAUCGAGAGUUCGUUUUGGUGGUUUUACGGAACAAGAUAUUGCCAUAUUACAAUCGAGGACAAUUCCUUUUCACUCUGAACGUAGUGAAGACAGAUUAAAUGAAUUAUGCAAUUAUGUCCAAAAUUGCCGUUUGACGCAAUUUGUAUGUUUCCUACGCGUUACAUGUGUGAUGUAUUUAAUACAGCCAUGCUUACAACAAUUAACAGCGAAGAAGUGAAACUAGUGUCAUGUGACAGUCUUGAUUGUGUUGAAUAUUUAAAGAAACGUGUGCACAAACUCUUAGAUAAAUACCAGGAGGAUAAUUCGCAAACAGCUGGCUUACAUAGAAUUAUCACUGUCAAACUUGGUGCCAAGGUGAUGUUAAGGCGUAAUAUAGAUGUUACAUUGGGACUCGUAAACGGUACUAUUGGAGAAAUUGUUGGAUUCUUACGAGCACCGGAUAGUGAAGACAUCAGCACAGUGGAGUUUCGAUUAUCAACGGGUACUGUGCAUUCGUUACAAAGAAUUACUUCCAAGUUUGAAAUAAUGGAUAAAGCUUAUGUCCUUCGAUAUCAAUUUCCAAUAUCUCUCAGUUAUGGAAUCACCAUUCACAAAUGCUAGGGAUUAAGCGUAAAGACAGCUGUAGUCGAUAUAGGCCAGAUUUAGUUGCACUGAAAUGUAAGCCGGUACGAAGACAGCAAAUUCAUGAUGUACAAUGGACUUCAAUUUCCAAAACUCGUCCAUUCUUUGUACCAGUGGAUCCAGAUAAUGCGACAACAAUCCAUGCAGAUGUCUCGGUUAAAGGAUUCAUUAAUGCUAACCACGUCUCUGAAUAUACUAAUGUUAUAUUGCAAUGUAUACUUUGCUGUGAUAGUAUGCGCCGAAAGUUAUUGACACGUAAAAGUUCAGAUGCUAUGAGAGCUGUAGCCCAAGCUUCCCUAGGCACUGAUGUACAGAUACUUAACUCUUUUGCUGUUAGACAACUUGCGGGUGGUACUUUCGUACAAGAAAUUCCACAGGGCGCAUCUGAAUUUUUCUUGCAUAUUAUAAAUAGUUAUACUGAUAUCCGAGCGAUUGUGAAACAUGAGUUAACUCACACAAUACGUUGUAAAUGUUGUCAUCAAACGUCUGUUAACACAGAGGACAAUAUAAUUUUAACACUACCCUUAUCUCAGGUGGAAGGAAAAAGAAUAACAUUCCAUGAUAUCAUUAACACCUAUUCGGAAUGGAACACAGUGGAUGAUGCUGUAUGUACUCAUUGUGGACAGAAGGGUAUACUUUCAAAAAGUGAUAUUACGACAGCUGAAAAUGUUUUCAUAAUACAAUUACCGCUAUUUCACAAUAAAAAUGGUAAAAUUGUGGACAUUAAAAGACCUAACAUCGCAGCCGCGCAUACAGAAAGCAUACACGUUGCCCAAAAUACAUAUAGGGCAACAAGCGCUGUAUUGUAUAUUGAUAGUAAUAGUAAAGGCAAGAAACAUUACACAUGCUAUAUAAAGCAUUCAAAAAAGACGUUCGUAUACAUUGAUGAUGACACAAUUCAAUAUAAGAAACAGUGGCCAAGAGGUGCAAAAGAUGUAUACGUGAUGUUCUUUGAAAGAAGUAACGUAGGAAACCAUCCAAUGGCUACAAAAAUACAUGACACUCAAUGCACCAGAGAUUAAUUCUAGCUACAUUUCACACUUAUAAAGUAAUUUAAAAAAUAAAUGUUAACCCACAAAAAGCACAUUACAUGUACAAAAAAGGUAACGCCAAGUAUUAUAGUUUAGGCAUUAUGAGCGGACCACCUCUUUGCACUAAUACACAAUGCAUUUCAAUGUGGCCCUGAAAACGUCGUGAUAUCCCACAAAAAAUACAUUACAUGUAAAAAAAAGGUAACGCCAAG